GCGAACCUCCGCCGGAAGUCAGGAAGGCUGAAUCCGGCGCCGGGAAGAGUGAAAGUGGGGUUUUCCGGGUCUUGCGGCUAUAUCCUGCUUUUCUCUACUCUGGUCACUUUUGGGAAGAAAUGUCUUCUAUAAAAAGAAGCCCAAAGCAAGAAAUAAUUUCCCAGCUUCACUAUUCAGCUGCAGAAGGAGAUAUUGCCAGGCUAACAGUAAUCCUCAGUCAUUCUCCAUCUCUUCUCAAUGAAACUUCUGAAAAUGGCUGGACUGCUUUAAUGUAUGCUGCAAGGAAUGGGCACCCAGAUGUUGUCCAAUUUCUACUUGAGAAAGGGUGUGACAGAUCCAUUGUCAAUAAAUCAAGGCAGACUGCACUGGAUAUUGCUAAAUUUUGGGGUUAUAAGCAUAUAGCUAACUUACUAGCUAAUGCUAAAGGUGGGGUGAAGCCUUGGUUCCUAACUAAUGAAGUGGAAGAAUGUGAAAAUUAUUUUAGCAAAACACUGUUAGACCGAAAAAGUGAAAAAAGAAAUAAUUCUGACUGGCUACUAGCUAAAGAAAGCCAUCCAGCCACAGUUUAUAUCCUUUUCUCAGAUUUAAAUCCUUUAGUUACUCUAGGUGGCAAUAAAGAAAGUUUCCAACAGCCAGAAGUCAGGCUUUGUCAGCUGAACUACACAGAUAUAAAAAAUUAUUUGGCUCAGCGUGAAAAGAUCACCUUGAUUUUUCUUGGAGUAGAACUUGAAAUGAAGAAAGAGUCUUUCAAUUAUACUGGAGAAGUCCCAAGAGAAGAAGAAGAUGGGUUGGUUGCCUGGUUUGCUCUAGAUAUAGAUCCUGUUGCUGCCGAAGAAUUUAAGCAAAGACAUGAAAAUUGUUAUUUUCUUCAUCCUCCAAUACCUGCUCUUCUGCAAUUGAAAGAAAAAGAAGCUGGGGUUGUAGCUCAAGCAAGAUCUGUUCUUGCCUGGCACAGUCGAUAUAAGUUCUGCCCAACCUGUGGAAGUGCAACUAAAAUUGAAGAAGGUGGCUACAAAAGAGUAUGCUUAAAAGAAGACUGUCCUAGUCUCCAUGGUGUUCACAAUACAUCAUAUCCAAGAGUUGAUCCAGUAGUAAUCAUGCAAGUUAUUCAUCCAGAUGGGACCAAAUGUCUUUUAGGCAGGCAGAAAAGAUUUCCCCCAGGCAUGUUUACUUGCCUUGCUGGAUUUAUUGAACCUGGAGAGACAAUAGAAGAUGCUGUUCGGAGAGAAGUAGAAGAGGAAAGUGGAGUCAAAGUUGGCCAUGUUCAGUAUGUCUCUUGUCAGCCAUGGCCAAUGCCCUCCUCCUUAAUGAUUGGUUGCUUAGCUGUGGCAGUGUCUACAGAAAUUAAAGUUGACAAGAAUGAAAUAGAGGAUGCCCGUUGGUUCACUAGAGAACAGGUUGUGGAUGUUCUGACCAAAGGGAAGCAGCAGACAUUUUUUGUGCCACCAAGCCGAGCUAUUGCCCAUCAGUUAAUCAAACACUGGAUUGGAAUGAACCCCAAUCUCUAAAUCAAAUAACUAGACUUUGAGUAUUAAUUGAUUUCUAAUAACUUAUUCGUCAAGUGAGAUUAGAAAUAUUUAGUGCUCUUUGGAAUGUCACAACACAAAAUAUCAUAUUAGGUUUCAGAAAUAUUUUCAACAUGUACUUUCCAUCUUAACCAUAGAACUUGUGUUUUUAUAAAUUACAGGACUGCCUCAGAUUUUGUUAAAAUCCAAGUCAGCCUCUCCAAACACUUUUUUGGUUGUACUCCACAAUUCUAUCUCACAAAACCAUAUUUCUAAUAAGAAAAAUCAUGUUGUAAAGAAGUAUAUUUUAAAAAUGUAAACAAACCAAAAAAUGUAAACAAACCUAAAUUCCACUGCCUCUUUUAAGCAUUAGACCAAUCACUAAAGUUCUAUUCUUGAGAAAUCAGGCAAAAUAAUUUUAAUGAAUUUUAAGCUUCAUUUCCAGUCUUUUCAUUACCAUAAAGGUUCUUUCAGCCAUCAGUAGCUGAUUUUUGCUCACUUCGCAUUGUAUUCCACUUUUUUCUCCUGGUUUCAUUGUUCUAGCAGUGGUGCUGUUAUAGUCCUGCCACUCGUCUGUUUUGAUCAGUGUUAAGAAUUUUCUACUUUAACACAUCUGCUGAUGAUCAUAGUACCAUGCCUUCAUGAAAGGAGAGUUUAAAUGAGAGCAUACCACUAUGUAUGGGACCUCCUCCUUAAACCUAAAAUCAAUUAAUAUGUACAAUUAUCUGUUGAGGAAUUCUCUUCAAAGAUCAGAUGUUAAAUAUUUCCCAGAUAGAUUUACAUAUUCAAUAAAAACACUGGCUUUAUGUCAUUUUGCGAUAAGGGAUUUAUCUGCAUUUGCAAAAAGUUAUGUAAUCAUUACUAAUUAUAUUUAUUAAACUCAAAUGCAUUA